CAUAUAAAAUUAAAAGAGAACAGAACAUUCAGAAUUUGUAAGUCACACUCAGGGAUUGGGUGUUUCUUUAAUCUCUCGCUGCAAGGUUGUUUUCACUGACCAACGUACGAGUUUUUGUUAUAUUUGUUCGCGCAGUUUAAAUAAUUUAAAGGACCCAAUGUUGAGUGAAAAUCAGAAUCUAGCCAUGAACGGUUACCUAGAAAGUAUAUCCACCAACUUAGAAAAUAGCAGGAACUGCCUUCGUCGCAUAGCAAGACACGACGACACAGAAUUCUCUAACCAAAGUAUCCUUAACGUCAUGGAGAAAUUCGUAAAGACCGUCAACAAAAUGGAUGAAACCAUUUUAGUGCCUUGUCGUUUGAUGGACCUGAAAGUCGGAGAUGAGCAAGACCCAGCUUGUCAAAAUUCAAAAACCAAAUCAUCCCACUCUGUACACCAAAUUCUAAGUUCUACAGACCUGUUUGAGAUCUACAAUAUGUUGAAUGGGGUAAAGGACUCGCUGUUAUGGGGAGGAGCUCAAGAGCCUCCAAAGAAUCCUCCACCACCUACUACCGCAAUUGUAACAUCAGUAACUACUCCAAUCGUCAAGGGCCACAUCCGGCGACCCUCUUCAGUGAGUGUGACUUCCACAAAUUCGUCAUCUACUCUCAGCGAUACUGAUUCUGAGUCUGGCAGCAAUGAAAUCGAUUCUGGAAUCGAUGAAACGUCCCAAGAGGAAGGAAAAGCCGAAAGAAUCGCUCAAGAUUUUAAAAGACACUUACAUGGACUCACCAGUACGUUACGUCACAUGACAGAAGCUGCUCAGUACCUGACCUGGCGUUACCAGUACGACAUUGGUGGCCCUGUUUAACAAAUCUUUAUUUUAGGUCAAUGGACUGAUGUUUUAUAUUAAUUAUAGUUAAUUUUUGGAUACAGGGCGACUCAGCAGUUUGUGGGCAACCAGUUCAUAUUUGACACAAAUUAAUAAAAAUACAUACUAUUCGCACGAUGUUAUAAGUCGUGACUGUGUGAAAAUGAAUGAAUAAGUGAAAAUAGUUUUUAGGUAUUUGUCAUAUACUUUUUUAAAUCUUUGAUAUUUAUUAGUUUGUUUACGAUUAUUAAUGAAAGAAGUAAAUUAAAUUAUCUGUACUAUAUGUUGUCUUUUAAAACAUAAAUUUAGAAAGACAUUUAUUGCAAACUUAUAAAAUGUUACAUUGAAUUAAAGAUGAUAUCUUUUGAGGUAGCAAUAAACAAGUUUAAUAACAAUCUAGAUUGUUUAAAAAGAGACAGAGCUACCACAAGAACAUACAUUUUCACAAAAUGAUACUGUGUAUCAGUUUAUUCCAAUAGGUUUAGAUUAAUUUCUAUUAUGAAAUAGUGUACUCAAUUCUAAAUUAAUUUUUUUUCUGGUUUAAUAUUUUUUGUUAAAAAUAAUUGUUUCUUUGUUUCUAAACAUUUUUAAAUUUAUAACAUAUUUAAAUAUCAGAAUAGGAAACAAUAAUUUUGGAGUAGAAGUCUGACAUUUGCCCAGUAAUACGCUUCAAGUGUUUUUAUCGCUCAUUAAUGUUACGAAGGUUGUUUGCAUAGAAGUCUUAUUUUCCAUUAAUAGACCAGGGCGCAUUUGUAAAAAUAUUAGUACAUUUGGACGUUGUGAGGUGACUCAAAUUUUUUUGGGGAAAUUGCUUGAAAAUAAAUCAAAUAAUAAUAUUUGAGUUAUCCUCCCUCUCAAAAAGGUCCGGAACAUUGUUUAAAUAGUCAAAAUGUCAAAAAAUUAAGGAAAAAUUCGAUUUUUUUCUUGGUUUUUUCAUUAUAACUUUAAAAGUAUUCAUUUCCGAAAAAAGUUGUAUUGAGAUAAAAGUUGCGUAAUUGAAUUUCCUACAAUAUAGAAUUGGUUAAAAAUUUAAGAAAUGGUCACCCUUCUUGAAAAAUAGCAAAAAUUGUGAAAAGAACAUACAAAAACAAGUAUUCGCAUUUUACGUUUUUCAACCAUUUAUGCUACACUUAGGACCUUCAUAUUUCACCCUGAAAAAUUUUAUGAUACAGUAAAACAAUAUUGUAAAUUUCAUUAAGAUCGGUUUGAUCGAUUUUGCAAAAUAAAUUUUGCAAUCCAGCUUUCGUAAAAAAAACUCAUUUUUUCAAAAUGUUACAGGACUGAAAAUAAAGCAGAUAGCAAGUUGAAAAUUUUUUUGCGUAUAGAAGUGUACUGUACCUGUCAUUUGCAAUUUCGCAAAAUUAAAAUCGCUUAACACCACGGCGUCAGGAAGUUUUUUAAAUAAACAUUAAUUAUUGGUGCUACGCGCAGGACAGCGGAUAGGUUGCUCUGAUUGGGCAUUCCAAUGACCUUUGAUAAUGAUUGAUAAAUUUUAAUUUUUAUGACAUUUCGAUAUAAAUAAAUAAAUUUGUUUAUUGCAAAAUAAAAACACAUACUCUAUCCUUUGAAAUAACACUUUUAUUAGCAAAAACUUUCUUUGUUCAUAUAUUUUAAUUUAAAUAAUAAAAGUUUAUUAUUUUUAAACAUAUGCAAUUGUUUAAACAAUAUUUCACAAACAAUAAUAAAAUUAGUUUGAUUUUUGUGGAAUUAAAAAAUUAAAAUACAACAAAAUAUAGAGUAAGAAAAUAAUAUAUUAGAUAAAUAUUGGAACAAAUUUUGGUGGAAAUCAACCUGUGUGAAUCGAACACCGCUGUCCUGCGCAUAGCACCAAAAAUUAUUGUGUAUUUCAAAAAUUUUCUGACGCCGUGGUAAUUAAUCGAUUUUAAUUUUGAUAAUUGCAAAUGAAAGGUACAGUACACUUCUAUAAGCAAAAAAAAAAUUCAACUUGCUAUCUGCUUUAUUUUCAGUCCUGUAACAUUUUGAAUAAAUGAUUUUUUUUUGCGAAAGCUGUAUUUCAAAAUUUAUUUUGCAAAAUCUAUUGAACCUUAUGAAAUUUACAGUUUUAUUUUACUGUAUCAUAAAGUUUUUCUGGGUGAAAUAUGAAGGUCCUAAGUGUAGCAUAAAUGGUUGAAAAACGUAAAAUGCGAAUACUUGUUUUUGUAUGGUUUUUUCGCAACUAUUGCUAUUUUGAAACUAGGGUGACUAUUUUUUAAAUUUUUAACCAAUUUUAUAUUUUAGUAAAUUGAAUUGCGCAACUUUUAUGUCAGUACAACUUCUCUCGGAUAUGAAUACUGUUAAAGUUAUAAUCAAAAAACGAAGAAAAAAAUCGAAUUUUUCCUUCAAUUCUUGACAUUUUGAUUAUGUAAACAAUGUUCCGGACCUUUUUGAGAGGGAGGACAACUCAAAUAUUAUUAUUUGAUUUAUUUUCAAGCAAUUUCUGCAAAAAAAUUUGAGUCACCUCUCAACGUCCAUCUCAAAACAGAUCCGCCCUGGACUAUAAGGUAAACGCGCAUUUGACCAAAUCGGCUGGCAACGGAACGCACCGCUACAGCUCAGAAUUAAAUGCCAUACGGCGUAUUUAUCGACAAAAUCACGUAAGCUCAAUGAGUGAAUUUACGUAUUUCAUAGAAAAUGGAUCCGAAAAUUAUUAUUGUUAGUUUGUUGUGCAAGGAGUGGAGAAAUAACAAAGUAAACUUCCAAAAGGAAGUGCAAUAAAUAGAUGUAUGAAAAUUGUGAAAAAAGCAAAACACGGAAACAAAUUUUAUCAAUACUUUAGAGUGAGUUACGAUAAAUAUCAAGUAUACAUAAACCAGAGAACUAAGAGACUCACAAAUUUUCAAUUCAGCGGGAUGCUCUUGUUCCAUUUGUAAAGUUAAACACGUAGAUCCCUUGUUUGUGGAAUUUCAUACCUUGUACAAUAGUACCCCGCUCAGCUGAAUAUAAAUGAAUCUCUUAGUUCUCUAGUUUAACUAUAGCUAGUAAAAGCUGAUGUCACAAAAUAAAAUAAAACAUCUAGAAUUUGUUUCAUUCGAAUACACACAGAUAUUAAAUUUCCGUUCCGUUGCGACCGGUCCGGACAAGUGAGGCUUGCCUUUUAAGCGGGCUCCACACUCUCGGCGAAGUUACUUCGCCAAAGUUGACCGAAGUCCGAAGUACCUCUCUACACACUCGUUCUACUUCGCGAGGAACACAUUCAAGCGAUGCGAUACCGACAAAGAUCCCUUUGACUCGGACGCGCCAGACCGACAGAGAACGGAAGUAGAACGAAGCGAGGCAAAGUUGCACAAGGUGUCCGUCUACACUCUCGUACUUGUUGAACCUCGAUCGACUUCGGCGAGAGUGUGGAGCUCACAUAACAUUUUUUCAUAGAGAGUAAUAAUGUAACAGUUUGUAGUUUCUACCAGUUGUGAUGUAACAGGCGUAACGCUAUGUUAUUUCACAAUAUGGAGAAGGUCUACUACUUCUUCAUUUGUGACGAGAUCUACCAGCGAAAUUUCAAAAAUUGUCCUCGAGAUGGACAUUUCAAACUUUUUUAGGUUCUAUGAUCUUAAUUUAACUUCCAUCAACAAUAAGAUUUACUGUUUUUGAUUAAAUAGUUAAUCUAGCAAAGAUAGACCAGUAGGUACUUCUUUAAAUCUAGUAAUGGUCAGCGUUUACAUAGACCAAUAAUAGUUUAUUAAGCUUUUUUCGGUCAACUUUUUAAGUCUUGUUUUUAAAGGAAUGUUUGUAUAACAUUUUAAACCUUUGUGAAACAUGUACCAUUAAUGUUGCUCUUCCACUCCUUUAUAAAAAUAAUUGUUAAAAUAACUUAUAAAAUUAAUCUUGUUUAAUGACUCGAAAUAUAAAUUUUAAUUUUCGUAUAAGGUUCAGAUUUACAGUAUUAGUUAUAUUAUAAUUUUUAGAAAUUUUUCAAUUUCUUUUCUAAUAACUACACAUACAGCAAAAAGUAUGCCUGUGGUAACGUUCAUAAAUUAAGAAGUUGUCGUUGCUUGAAACUUAUGAAAAUUUUGAUAGUUUUUGCUGUAUUGUCAUUAUUAAAUAUUUAAGUUAUUUUUUUAUUAAUAAAUAUUCAUUCAAAUGAUUUGUGUCAAAUAUACUGGUGAAAAAGGCAGAAAGUGCAGUUACUCUGUGUAUAAUUUGGAAAAGUGAUAAUAUUUAUAUACUAGAUUUAUCUAUUUUUGCUCAUAAAUUUAUGAAUCUAUUUAUUUUUAAAUAUUUAGUAUUAUUGUUUAUUUUACCUCUGUAUUGUUUUAAUUUAUAAUAAAUAUUAUUGAGGUUUAUAA